GAUUCACUGUUGUGGCAUCUGCUGCUGAAUGUAUCAUUGGCAUUGACGUUUUACACUCACAUUUAAAUUGGCAGAACUCCCAUGACAGAUGAGGCUAGAGUCCUGUCAUGCAAGGAAAGUAAGUGAAGGUAUUCAUAAAGCGUGAGGAGAGAAGUACCAUGGUAAUACAAGGAUGACUGCUGCAAUCAAAUACUAUCACUGUUUGCAGGUCAAACAGGUAGUAAGAUUUUCUCCCCUUAAUCCUGCUGUGGCUCUGGUGAUCUUAUUUUCUGAACAAGAACAACAACAACAAAAAUCAGGAUACAUGGUGAGAAUGCAAGUAUUAUUGGAACAAAGGACCAGUCAUUACUGCCUGGGAAAAUCCAGAUCUCAUAGGUAAUCAACCAGAACAGGAUUGACACCAGUGACCUCUGCAGCCCCUCAAUGGAUCCUGUUCGACCACCAUUCAGAGGCGCAUCUCCGUUUCACCCAUCUCAAUGUGUGCGGAUGCCAGGCUCUUGGUCGCAAGCUCCUCAACACUUGGACUCAGCUCUGGGCAGGGCAGGACCUGCAGGCAGAGGCAGUAUCUUUGGAAAGCCAGAGGAACCAAGCCCACGGAAUGGGCCAGCACAAAGGGAAUCUGUGGGUUUGGUCUCCAUGUUCCGAGGACUGGGCCUUGAAACAGUGUCCCGGACCCCUCUGAAAGGAGAAAUGCCUCCUUUAGGUAGAGGCAUUUUAGGUCGAGGCUUGUCGAAUAAUAUGGUGCUCAAGGACAAAGAAGAACCUUGUCCCACUUUUCCAGAUCCUUCAGUGUUGGCAGCUGGGGAUAGCAAAAUGGCAGAGACCUCCAUGGGUUUGAAUAGAAUGCUUGGAAGAGGGAAUCUGAAUGUUCCUUUAUUGCCAUUGGGAAGAGCUGCUGGUGGCAUAGGCAGAGGAAUAUGCAAACCUCCCAGUACAUUCAGCCUGCCUUCUCAGGAUUCUCCACAGCUGUCACAACCACCACCUCUGCCCCAGGCCUCAGGACACUCUCCAGACCGUUCUCCCGUUUUGACUGUAGAACACAAGGAAAAUUUGGUGAAGCAGGGUUCAAAAGGAACACCUCAAUCUUUGGGACUGAACCUCAUCAAAAUACAAUGUCAUAAUGAAGCAGUUUAUCAAUAUCAUGUGACUUUCAGCCCCAAUGUAGAGUGCAAAAGCAUGAGGUUUGGAAUGUUGAAGGACCAUCAAGCUGUCACCGGAAACGUCACUGCUUUUGAUGGAUACAUUCUCUAUCUGCCUAUUAAGCUUCAACAAGCUCUUGAGUUAAAAAGUCAAAGGAAAACUGAUGGUGCUGAGAUCAGCAUUAAGAUUCAGUUAACAAAGAUCCUGGAGCCCUGUUCUGACCUGUGCAUUCCCUUCUACAAUGUUGUUUUCCGUCGGGUAAUGAAACUUUUAGAUAUGAAGCUUGUGGGGAGAAACUUCUAUGACCCUACAAGUGCUAUGGUACUACAACAGCACAGAUUGCAGAUCUGGCCAGGCUAUGCAGCUAGCAUCCGGAGGACAGAUGGAGGCCUGUUUCUGCUAGCUGAUGUCUCCCAUAAGGUCAUACGAAAUGAUUCUGUGCUGGAUGUCAUGCAUGCCAUGUAUCAGCAGAACAAAGAAAACUUCCAGGAUGAGUGCACUAAGCUUUUGGUGGGCAAUAUUGUUAUAACCCGAUACAACAACCGUACCUAUCGUAUUGAUGACGUGGAUUGGAAUAAGACUCCAAAAGAUAGCUUCACAAUGUCUGAUGGGAAGGAGAUCACAUUUUUGGAAUACUACAGCAAAAACUAUGGGAUCACAAUUAAAGAAGAGGACCAGCCACUGCUGAUCCACAGGCCUAGUGAGAGACAGAAUAACCAAGGGAUGCUGCUGAAAGGUGAAAUCCUGUUGCUGCCUGAGCUUUCCUUCAUGACUGGAAUUCCAGAGAAAAUGAAGAAGGACUUCAGAGCCAUGAAGGAUUUGACCCAGCAGAUCAACCUGAGCCCUAAACAGCACCAUAAGGCCUUGGAAUGCUUGCUACAGAGAAUUUUAAAUAAUGAGACAGCCAGCAAUGAAAUGGCACGCUGGGGUCUUUGUCUGCAAAAAGAUGUGCAUAAGAUUGAAGGACGUGUUCUGCCAAUGGAAAGGAUUAACUUAAGAAAUACUUCAUUUAUCACAUCUCAAGAACUAAACUGGGUUAAAGAAGUAACCAGAGACCUGUCCAUCUUGACUGUCCCCAUGCAUUUCUGGGCACUGUUUUACCCAAAGCGAGCAAUGGAUCAGGCCCGAGAGCUGGUAAACAUGUUAGAGAAGAUAGCUGGGCCCAUUGGCAUGCGAAUAAGCCCACCAGCCUGGGUUGAACUAAAGGAUGACCGAAUAGAGACUUAUAUCAGAACCAUUAAAUCCAUGUUGGGAGUUGAGGGGAAGAUACAGAUGGUUGUUUGCAUCAUCAUGGGCACCCGUGACGAUCUCUAUGGUGCCAUCAAAAAGCUGUGCUGUGUGCAGUCUCCAGUGCCUUCACAGGUCAUCAACAUCCGAACCAUUGGUCAGCCCACAAGGCUUCGGAGUGUGGCCCAGAAAAUUUUACUUCAAAUCAACUGUAAAUUGGGUGGUGAGCUCUGGGGAGUGGAUAUUCCCCUGAAACAACUAAUGGUGAUUGGGAUGGACGUUUACCAUGACCCUAGCAGAGGCAUGCGCUCCGUGGUUGGCUUUGUUGCCAGCAUCAAUCUCACCCUCACAAAAUGGUAUUCCCGUGUGGUAUUCCAGAUGCCUCAUCAGGAGAUUGUGGAUAGCCUGAAGCUCUGCCUGGUGGGCUCCUUAAAAAAGUUUUAUGAGGUGAACCACUGUCUACCACAGAAGUUAGUGGUGUACCGUGAUGGAGUAUCUGAUGGCCAACUAAAGACAGUUGCCAACUAUGAGAUUCCUCAGCUACAGAAGUGUUUUGAAGCUUUCGAGAAUUACCAUCCCAAGAUGGUGGUAUUUGUAGUUCAGAAAAAAAUCAGCACCAAUCUGUACCUGGCUGCCACCGAGCACUUUGUGACUCCCUCUCCUGGGACUGUGGUAGAUCAUACAAUAACAAGUUGUGAGUGGGUGGAUUUUUACCUUCUUGCCCAUCAUGUACGGCAGGGCUGUGGCAUUCCUACGCAUUAUGUCUGUGUUCUCAACACUGCAAACCUGAGCCCUGAUCAUAUGCAGAGGUUGACUUUCAAACUGUGCCACAUGUACUGGAACUGGCCUGGUACCAUCAGAGUUCCAGCUCCUUGCAAGUAUGCCCACAAGCUAGCUUUCCUAUCAGGACAAAUCUUGCACCAUGAACCAGCCAUCCAGCUGUGCGAGAACCUAUUCUUCCUAUGACUGGACAGCCUGGAUGGUAGGCUGGUUAGGAGAAAUUAGACUUCUGAACUCAGCUGUGACUUGCAGGAUCAACAGAGAUUGAAGUGGGAUUUCUGUGUUGGUGUUUUUUCCCUUUCUCCAAUCCAGUAGAAAUAAGAUACUUUUCUUUUUCUCUCUUUUAAACCUGAUAUCAAGAAGGAAGUCCCAUUCUGAGGAUCAGCUGGGCAUUGCCUUGUUCCUUUGUAGAGCAAAUGGAGGUGGUAUUGUUAUUGCAUCGAUGGUGUGGCUGAAUGUGGGGAAAACUUUAAGAGCCUCCAAUCCAAAAUAAGUGUAGAAACCUGUAGAACAGUUACACCUGUAAGCCAUGCUUACUAAGCUGUUCCCAUUUCUGGUACCAGAGGUGUUAAUGAAGUCAUCACAAGUUUCUUAAUGUAAAGAGAUAACUUUAUUUGGGCAACUGGGAAAGGUAACAGAAAGACCUGUGAAGCAAAGUUUUUCAAAUAGAUACUGGUGGUGGUGGCAGGUGUGAAAACUGUUGUCACACCAGUUUAUGGCAGUCAGGCCCUUGCUAACUUAAUCUUCCAAAAGGAUUGAGUUUAUGACACCUGUGACUUGAGGUAGAUUUGGAAGUAGGCUGUUAGUCAUUCCACAGCCUCAUGAAAAAUCCCGGAGUUUUUUUCUUUAUAUUUAGUUACUUAACAGUGUGCCACGUUGAUUUCCACACAUACACGCACCCCUACCUCUUUGCUCUUCAUUGUUGAUCUUGGGAAAUUUCCAUUUUUAAACUAAGAACCAGAACAAGUGGAAAAAAUUCAAUAGCUAGGAAGGUUCGGGAUGAGGUGUUUUUAUUCAGUCUUUCUCCUAGGUGCUGUGUAAUCUUCAUUUCUGUUUGUUUAUGUUUGUAAGUUGAAAUACUCAUUUUCUUUGCACAAUAACCUCUUUCUGGCCAUUGGCUCACUUUGCUAGGAAUAUUUCUGAAUCCAAAUCAAGAUUUCCAGAGGUUGGCUUUGGAAAACAUAACACUUCUACCAAAGUCCAGAUGUUACAGUUUAGAAAGUUGUCACUGCACUUCUGGGUUUCAGUGUUUUGGGGAAGCACUGUUUUUUUAAUGUGGUCUUUUUGCACUGCUUUUAAAUCUUCUUCCAGUCCCUUCAGACUUGAUUCUAUCUCAUCUGCUUUAUUGGGUUUUAAAAGUCAGUUUUAUUUAACGUUUUCACGUUUUUAUUUAUUUAUUUAUUUUGGCCUGAUGGUAGGGAGGGGAUAAAGAGAAACUUCCAUUUUAUAUGAAAGUGUGUGAGAAGAAAAACUUGAACUUAAAACUCCUUAGAAAAAAAUAAGCAAGAAAGUUUUUGGUUGUUGCAGAAUCCAGCAGAGGCUGAGGAAGUAUGAGCAAUAUUGUUCCUCAAGUACACUUCUGUGUUUAUAUGGAGUGCAGGCCAUAGGGUAAGGCUCAGACCUGGGAUUUAAAAACGGAAUCAAACAAUUUGAAUCCUUGUCUCUGACUUAGAUCAGUUUUCUGAUUCUCUUUGGAAGCAUUUUGAAUUUCUCUUUUGGAGUUGGAUUUCCUAAUAAUCUUUUCCCCAUAUAAUCAGAAAAGGCAAAUACUUGAAUAGAAUACAAACCUUUCUUCACGUUUUAUUCUUGGUUUUCUUGCCUUUUUUUUUCAGUUUUUAAUGCCAAAUGAUUGGACCAUGGGGUGGGAAAUAAAACCAAAUUUGUAUAAAA